GUGACGACAAGGUAGGACCCACAAACCCCCUUAGAAUCUGGCCGCAUCAUCUGUUGUGAAACAAAAUACUCAUGAAUUCCCGUCACACUUCUUGUUCUUGCUUGACGGAGUAUAUAUAGCAUCAUCUUUUAUAUUUUUCACUUUUCCCCUUUUUUUCAUUUAUUUUUUUCAAUCUCCAUAGAUUUCAAAAAAGGCUGUUUAUUUUUGUUUAAUCUACAUUUCGGCUCAAGAACGAAAAGAGCUAUAAGAAGGAGAAGAACAAAUAAGAUGAAGUUUUUGUCCGGCUGGCGUCUCAGAAAUGGUCGGAACCCUAGCUCAAACGAUUCCACCGCCGGACGACGAAUUCCUCAGUUGUUAUUAGAUGAUGAGGACGAGGACGACUUCAGGACCGCGGCGACUUCCAGUGAUUGGAAUUUCCAAGGCGGCUGCGACGACGAUGAUGAUGAUGAGAUUUCGAGUAGCGGAGGGAGGUAUGCUGAUGCAGCAGCUGCGCCGUCAGCUUCGACGUCGUCGUCUUCUUCUUCUUCUUCUUCCUCGAGUAUGAGGAUCAGAGUAGCUGCUGAGAGUGAUGCGAAUUCGGUGCCGGCGUUAGUAAAUGGUGCCAAUUCUGCAUCGUCUGCGGCAGUUGCGGCGGCGGCGGCGGCGGUAAGUGUUCCGGUGACGGGUGGGCAGAGAAACACGGAUAGUCCUCCAACUGAUGAUUGCUGUCCUAUUUGCUUCGGUGGCUUUGUGGUUCCGUGUAAAGCGCCCUGUGGACAUUGGUAUUGCGGAGGAUGCAUUUUGCAAUACUGGAACUAUGGUGCAGCGCUUCAACCUUGCAACUGCCCUAUGUGCUCACGUAAGAUCACUAAUCUGACACCUGAGGCAUCAUUAGUCCUGAAGCAAGAGAUAGAAGUUACUGAAGUCUUGAGAAACGUGCGGAAGUAUAACCGUCUUUUUGUUGGUGGUCUAUAUGGUUCUGUUCUGAGGUUGCUUGAGACACCCCUAUACAUCAAAAGAAUGUUUCAGGAUAUGAUGAAUCCGGAUAGACCUGGGGCUCAUCUCAAUAAAUUGCGAAUAAUUGCAGUUAAGUUUGUCUGGACCUUUGAGAAUAAUGAACUCUGAAAGAAUGCUGAGUUUCAACCGUGACGUAAUGUAUUUCUUUGUUUGCAGAUGUUUAUGGGUCUCCUUUACACUAUCAGCCCUUUCGAUUUCCUGCGUAUAGGUCGACAGAAUGUUAUUGAUGUUUUUGACUACUCUGCUAUGGCACUCUCUCUCAUCUUAUACAUAAGUGGAAUUUAUCUCCGGCGUAGGCGCUUUCAACGUGUUAGGGAGAUGGCUGCUAACCAAGAUUGACGUGAUAACUGCCACACCCCUGAUACUUUUGAAUCUUGUUACUUGUAUGUGGUACUCAUCACGAAAAAUUGACUACUCCUUUCCCAACAACCUUCACUUAAUUGCUUCUUAUAUUUGGCCUAAAAUUUUCUGGAUUUAUGCUAUACAGAUCGGGCGUUCAAUGAUCAUGGACUUGUGCUGUUUGUUAUCUUCACUGAUUCUGUUCAGUGUGUGAAUGUCUGUAGGUGUAUUUCAUUUUUGUCUUCUGAAAAUCCACAGGUGUGAUGGAUUCUUUAGUCUAGUAGUUCCUCAAAGAUGGUGCUGGAUUCUCCCAGCUUCAUCACCUAUACAUCUGGUUGUAUCAGCAACACCUGCCUCUCACGGUUUAUGGGAGUAUACUGUAUAUCCUUCUCCCUCUGUCUUCCUCUCCAGCUCUACUAGCAGGGUGUUUUCUUCUGGGAUUCUGCUUUGUAGCAUGCGGAAGAUACGUUUCUAAAGUUGUAAAGUUUUCUUUUAUUCUUGUUUACAUCUGCUAGUGGUAGUGGCUAAUGUGCAACGCCAGUUUCUUGGCUACUUCAAACUGUGUUUAAGUGGAGUUCACCAGCGUGAAAUUAAUUUGCUUUGUACAGUAUUGCAGCCAUUGUACAUGAUCAUUUGCUUUGUACAGUAUUGCAGCCAUUGUACAUGAUCGAUGGGUUCGAGCAUAAGUUACAGACUACAUUGAGCUGCUUCUUUUCUUCUGUAUAUUAUCCAGCCCUUUGAGGG